GAGGGAGUGGUUCGUGUCUGGAGCGCAGGAAUCCGUCGAUCUAAUUUUUGCCUGAAAGUCUGGGAAUAUGUGGAUUUUUUUUUUUUUUUUUGCUGGCCAUUUUUUUUAACGAGACUUGUUUUUUUUUUAAUGGGAAUUUGACUUGCGUGGCAUCAUUAUGCAAGAGCUGAUUAUUUGCGUUUGGAAUCAAUAGCGCAUAACAGUGCAUUUUCGGUGAAAGAAAAGGAAGAGAGGGGAAGAAAAAAAAAAAAAACUACUGAAUUUCGGAAGAAAAAAAAAAAAACAUGGAGACAAGGAGAGGACUAAAAUGACUAAAGCCCAAGUUUGGAAUACCGAGGAGCGUUGAGUUGUUUUGUUUGUUAUACAGAGGAGGAUGUUUCAGUAUUAAAGUAAAAACAUUUCAGCCGAGUCUCUCUCUCUCUCUCUUUCUUUUCCCACCCUCCCCAUGCAAGUCGUUUUUUUUUUUAGGAGGAGGAUAUCUGAAUUACCCCCGACCCCCGUCCCUGUCUGACAUCAAAGUUUCUGUGGGGGGGGAAAGUAAGGGAAAUGUCGGUGCCUUUUUAUGAACGUGAAACUUUGAAGCCGCAGAAACUUUUACACGGGAUACGAAGCGUUUUUCUUUACUGAAGGAGGGAGGAGGAGGAGGAGGAGGAGGGAAAAAAAAGAAAGAAAGUGCCAUGCUGUUCGGCUAAAAAAAAAAAAAGCAGAGGCCUGGAAACAGCGAGGAAACAACUUUUUUUUUUUAACAUGGGGUUUGAUUUUUCCCCACGAAAAGGAGACUUAACGCCGAUGACACUUUGUUUUCUUUUCCCACAGAAGUGAACGGCGGUCACGUUGCCCGGACGGCGACAUUACGGAAAGAAAAACACGCUGUUAGAGGCUACAGAGUAACAUUUUGUUGUUUGUUUGUUUUUGUUUUUUUUUUCGUUCAUCGGGGACAAAGAAACAAAAAAGAAGAAGAAGGGGGGGAAAAAAACACGGAUUAAUGGGUGAAAACCAAACAAAAUACGAGUUUUUCAAGCUGGGAGUCGACCCUAAGUCAGGGAGUCGUGUAAUGCUGAGGCAUUCGCUCGAGGGGGUGAAAAGAGUAUGCUCCAUUUGCUAAAAACCUUUCACCAUUCCGUGCAGGUCUUAUUUCUGAUCAUUUUUUUUUGUUGUUGUUGCAGUUUAUAUGCAGAUGACCAGCUCCAUUAGUCCACCGAAGUCGAGUCUCCUCAUGUGACUUUUUUUGUUUGUUUGUUUUUGUCCAUUCGCUGUUCGUGACAGACUUUUCCUUUUCUUUUUGGAUAAUUAAAUAACCUUUUUAAAGUUCAUCUUUUGGGAGCACCUUGGUAAAAUGCUAGUUGGAUAAAGCUGAAAAGGAGGAAAAUAACAAGCAAGAAACGGAAGCCCAAUGAGCGGCUCACAGUCCACGAUAGCUGACAGGUUUCCCAAAAAACCAACCAGACCAGGAAGUAUUCUCAACAAGGACCACCCCCCAGACAAGAAGCCCAAGAGUGAGAAGGUGUCAGUGCCUCCGACUCACGACUUUGACCCCACAGAGCUGCCCGUGCAGAGUGUUGAGCGAAGGCCCGAGUCGUGUGGGCUUGUUCAGCGGUGUGUGAUCAUCCAGAAAGAUGAGAAUGGCUUUGGGUUGACCGUGAGCGGAGAUAACCCAGUGUUUGUCCAGCUGGUUAAAGAAGAUGGAGCUGCUAUGCGAGCUGGUGUUCAGACGGGUGAUAGAAUUAUUAAGGUCAACGGGACGUUAGUAACACAUUCCAAUCAUGUAGAAGUCGUGAAGCUAAUAAAAUCGGGUUCCUACGUGGCUCUGACGGUGUUGGGGAGACCUCCAGGGCUGCCGCAGAUCCCUUUAUCAGAAGGAGAGGGAGACGGAGAGCCUCUCUCUUCCCUCAGCUCCCCUCACUCCCCCAUCCCCAGUAUACCUGAGCGCUCGUCCUCUUCCUCAACCUCUCCCUCCGACCGCGUCAUCUCCCCACUGACUGUAUGGGAGGAGAACAGUCCAGUGUUUCAUCAGAAAGUCAACCUGCAGAAGAUGCUGAUGAAGGAGCAGCAAGACCUGCAGGCAAUGAAGGAGGAGUACAGCAGAAACCCUACAGCCAGACUACUGAAGGACAUGCAGGAAGCCCAGAAACAAAUUCCUCUGCUUCAGGGCCAACUCAGUAAAGCCACCACAGCUGGACAGGAUGGCCUGCUUUCUCUGAGACCGGGAGACGGAGAUGCAGAAGAAGGAGGAGGGUUAGGAGACUUGGACGCAUCUCCAUCCUGGCUGUCCGACUCCGAGUCACCCAUGAACAGCAACUCGACGCCGGUCACGCCCAAUUUGAUCCCAGAAAACCUGUACCAAAGAGACACCCCGUGCAACAGCCCAAAGUCAAUGCCGCGCAUCAGCCUCAACUCCUGUCCGUCUCCCGAUGGCGAGGAUGUGGUCGACCUGGACUCGAACCAUCAUUACGGCGUGGGAAGCCCGUCGACCCGAUUGCCGCGUCCCAUCAUCGGAGCCGAGGACGACGACUUCGACACUGACCAGGAGCAGAUGAACGGCCAGUGUAGCUGCUUCCAGUCCAUAGAGCUGUUGAAGUCUCGGCCUGCUCACCUCGCAGCCUUCCUGCACCACGUGGUCUCGCAGUUUGACCCUGCACCUCUGCUGUGCUACCUCUACGCCGAGCUCUACAAGCAGAGCAACCCCAAAGAGACACGGCGGAUAUACGGCGAGCUUCACUCCACGUUCAUAGACCGAUCAGCGCAACUGAAAGUACUGGUUCCAGACCCCAUCGCAGCUGACAUGGAUCGAUGGAAGCCUGACUUGAUUCCAGAGGAUGUUCAAAGGCAGCAUGUGCAGCAGCUACAGGACACACUCCUACCUGACAUCCAGAAACACCUGGAAGACUUCAGGCAGAAGCGCAGUAUGGGUCUGACUCUGGCCGAGGCUGAGCUCAGCCGACUCGACACUGAGCGCGUGCGAGACCGCGUGGCCAUGGAGAGAGAGCGCUCGUGCUCAGAGCAUAUCAUCUCUAAGAUCAAUGAAGUUUUGUUGACGCCAUCAGCCACAGAGGAGGAGAAGUGUACUGCCAUGCAGUUCGUCAUCCAGGCCUACAUGAAGCACCUUGGAGUGAAGGUGAAGGAAUCUCGGGGUUUCGAGCCCAAACCCAAGCUGAUAAACCUUCUCCCUAAAAUCAAGAAGACUAUAAAACCCGAGAAGGACGGAGGCGUGGAGGAGAAGCUGAAAAAGUCCCGAUUUCAGCUAAUGCGCCACAACAAGAGGCCCAGCAGAACCGACAUCUCGUCAAUUACCAAGGCUCUAGAGCAGAAUAAGCAGCGGACACAAAAGCAGCUGUCGCAGAUCCCCGUAGGGCCGAGCGAUCAGGCCGAAACACCUACAGCAGGACGAACACGGAGCAGUCAAUCGAGCGAAGGGCCGGACAGCAGCACAGGGUCCGUCAGCUCACCUUCAUUCAGUGCUACAUUUACACAGAGCUCUGACAGCACAGCCAGAGACUUAGAGCCAGGCCUAACUCCCUUGUCAGCGGUAUCCAGACUCGGAGAGCUCGGCCCUCCGGGUGAAGGACCGGACUCCUCUUCCUCAGGCACGCACUUUGACUUCCCCUAUCCUCUCGACAAUCUCCAGGAGGAGGAGCCUGAAACGGACAGGAAUCCUGACGGAGGGACGCCGCGGCCGCUCAGAAGGAUGGAGCUGUUGAGCUCAGGAGAGGUGCAGAGUGAAGACGAUCAGGCGUUUGAGGUGGAACCAGAGCAGGAUCCUCCUCACUGGCAGACGCUGGUGAGCACGGACGUUCUCGCAGUGCUGCCACCGCAUGAGAUCAAGAGACAGGAAGUCAUCAAUGAGCUGUUCUACACAGAACGCGCUCACCUGCGCAUGCUCAAGGUCCUGGAUAACGUUUUCUACCAGAGGAUGACCCGAGAGGCCAUUCUACCCCCUGCGGACAUCAAGAACAUCUUCACUAACCUGGAUGAGAUCGUCCAGCUACAUGUGUCCAUCACGGAGCAAAUGACGGCCAUUCGGAAGAAGAACGAGACGGCGGUCGUGGACCUCAUAGGAGACGAUUUGCUGUCCUGGUUCAGCGGCGCAGAAGAAGAGAAGAUCAAGCGGGCAGUGGGAACCUUCUGCAGUAACCAGCCCUUUGCUCUGGAGCUUAUAAAAAGCAAGCAGAAGAAGGAUCAGCGAUUUGCUGCCUUUGUGCAGGAGGCAGAGAGCAAUCGUCAGUGUCGAAGGCUCCAGCUGAAGGACAUGAUUCCUGUGGAAAUGCAGAGACUCACCAAAUAUCCUCUUCUGCUAGAAAACAUUGCGAAAUACACUGAUGACGCUGAGGAGAAAAGUAAAGUGAAGCGAGCGUGCGAGUGCUGCCGUCAGAUCCUCAACCACGUCAACCAGGAAGUAAAAGAAGCUGAAAACAAACAGAGGUUAGAGGACUACCAGAGAAGACUGGACCUCUCGUCCCUGAAGCAGAGCGAGUACCCCAUGAUCGCGGAGUUUAAGAACCUCAACUUGACCAAACGGAAAAUGGUGCAUGAGGGACCACUGUCUUGGAAAGUGAAUAAAGACAAGACUAUUGAGCUCUACACACUCCUCUUAGAGGACAUCUUGGUGCUGCUGCAGAGGCAGGAUGAGAAGCUGAUCCUGAAGUGCCACAGUAAGAACCUGGCAGGCACGGCCGAGACCAAACACAUCUUCAGUCCAGUCAUCAAGCUGAGCACCGUGCUGGUGCGCUCUGUAGCAACAGAUAACAAGUCGUUCUUUGUGGUGUCCAUGUCCGAUUACGGAGCACAGAUCUAUGAGCUGAUGGCACAGACCGUGUCUGAGCAGAAAACGUGGCACGACCUCAUCGGGCAAAGAGCAGAUUGUAUGAAGAGCCUGCCUCAGAAUGAUGCGGAGCGAGAAGCUGACGAUGAGAUGAACUCUGGCAUUCCGAAAAUGAACAAAGAUCCAGAUCGCAUUUCUACAGGAAGCAUCCAGUCUCCAGAAAAAGAUGCCACUUCCUGCUCAGAGAUCCUGCAGAUUCCUCCAGCAGGAAGCAACCCGUUCGACACGAAGUCAGAGGAUGAAGGAGAGGCAGAAGGAGAGGCAGAGGGAGAGGUUGAGCACCCGCUGCCGGUUCAGGAUGAAGAGGAGGAAGAGGAGGACGCCUUCCUAGAUCCCGAGCUUGCAGAAAGACUUCCGUUCUUGAAGCAGCGCACGAGGCACGCCAUUGCUGUGGAUGACAAAGACUUGGAUUCCUUUGACCUGCCCCCGCUGAUGGCAGACGAGGCACUUCGAACCUUGGCUGCUCUGAGGCAGCUCCUGAUCAAUCACAUGGAAGGUCAAGAUGACGUGGACAGAGAGAGGGGCUCGGCUCGGCUGCGUGAGCCAAAAGCAGGGUCUUUGCAUGGCUUGGAGGAAAACACUGCCCCCAGUGGUUCAGUGGAGAAUGGUGCUGAGAGGCCAGAGACCCAAAACACCAGGAUGGAGAACCGUCAUGAGCUGCCCUCAGGAGAUACAGGCUUCUUUGAAACCUCAGAGGACUUUGUAGGUAGUUACAUGGUGCUGGAGGGUUACGGUGGUUCAGGUGAGAGCAGCACUGAUGACGACGGGCAGGUCUGCAGCACAGAGCCAGCAGCAGCAGGAGACUCGGGAAUAGACCUGAAGAAGCUCCUGUCCUCGGCUUCCUCUCAAAGCAGAGGACCCAACUUCAGCAGACAGGUCAUGACCCAUUUACGCCUGCUUCAGGCCAACCUGCAGCAGCUGAAGGAUGUAGAAUCAAAAUAUAACCAACUAUGCCAAAGGCACUCAGAGCAAGCAGCUACUGAAUCAGAAGAAAACAAAGAUAAAAGCUAGUGUUCCUGGAGCUGUGGUUUCCUGCUGGAAAUAGAAGAGAUUCAGAGUCAACAGGAAGUUGUGCUGUGCUCCUGCUGCUCCCCGAUCAACUCUUAGGCAUCUCAGCUGCCCUCGUCGGCAGUAACAAAGACCGAGACCCCCAAAAACCAAACCUCACACGUGCAGUACUGUCGCUACUUUCCGAGGAAAUUUUACCGAGACGUUCCCUACUUGUUUCAACUAUUUAUUUGGAAUUAGGAAUAUUUGGAUUAAAGCGGCUCUCUGCAAAACCCACAAAGUAAAAGGAAGAGUAGAUGAUGGUGGCAGCAUGGCACCGAGGAUUAACUAAAUCCAGGAAGGACACUUCUUCCUCUCUUCUAGUUUUCAAAUGGAAUCAACUCGUAUGUGAAAUUGACAGUAAAAAAAAAAAAAAAAGCUAGGCUCUGACCGGAUGAAAUUGGGUUUAAUGUCGUAACCAGUAAAACGCUGCCAGAUGUUAGCUCUGUAGGCCUUCGACCUCGACUGCAAUCGGCUUAUGAAAUGUCCUUCAUAAGGACCAAUGCUACAAAACAGCCUGAGGGAUCGUUCCUUUCGUGUUAUGGAUAUGAAUGUUAUUACUGCUGCGCACAUCUGCAUGAGGGCCUCAUGUGGCUAUUUACACAUCUGACCACUAAACUACAGGAAGAAUUUCGUUACUGAUUUCUGAGCAAAGGUUGCUCGUGCUGAAGCUUCAACAAAAAACACAAUCAGGUUCAUUAUCAGGAUUUUCAUAAAGCCUAUUCAGGUUUCAUAGCUACAAUUAUGAGCUUCUCUGGUUGUAAAGGGUAGAAAUGACCGCAUCCUUUUAACCUGACGUUGACGUGAAGAGGAAAGCCGGAAGAGGAAUGGCUCUUACUGCUGUUACUGAAAGCCUGAAAAUCUGAAAUCCUGCUUUUCUGCGUCCUUUAAGCUUUUUACUCUACCACAUUCUGUUGAAUGACGCUACUGAAGAUCUCUACGCAGAGAAAGCAGAACUUUAUCACCACGAGGCACUAUAUUCUUUCUAUUUGUACAAGCCAAACUCGAUCCGAAGUCUUACUCUGGACGGUAAUAGCAUGGAUUUUCCUUUCCGGGACGUGGGAAUGAAGUUGUUUGAAGAUAAAAAUGAUUAUUGAACAUUAAUGCAAGGACUUGUUAUUAAAAAAAGAAAAGAAAAAAAAGACCCCUAAAGGUCUAUAAGUGUAAAAUUGUACAAUUAUGACCAACACUGCAUCUCUUACAGAGACCUAAUUCAUUUUUUUCUCUCCUCUUUCUGCUUUCUACAUAUACGAGUCGUGUAUUAUUUUAACAGAACCUACUAAAAGAAAAAAUCCAAAAAGGAAAAAAAAAAUAA